AUGGAGAAGGAAAUGGCUGCUCUAAAAGCUGACUGGGGUCAAAACUAUUGCACAGACAUUAAAAGCAUUAUAAACGGUAAAGUCGUAUCUGAAAAUUCUCUUAAUACCAGAGAGAACUACAAAUUAUUUCAGGUUUUAAACUUUGUUUUAUUUCAGUACUCUUCCCCAGUGAAGGAUUUUCGGACGCUGUUUUCCUGUAUCAAACGGGUCCAGUUUAAAUCAAAUGGCUGGAAAGAAGACCAUCCGUUUUUUUUAAUGGUGAUGCAACAAUUAUCCUUUUUUCUUAUGGAAUUAUAUGAAAUGCAAUUGCCCGUAAAUUUCGCUACUGGAAAUGAAAAUGCUCCCAAAAUUUUGGGUUUCACAAUCAACAAAUCAACAUUGUGCAUAAAUAAUGACUUUUAA